GGAGGAAGAAAAAAAAUGUCUUCCCACUGGCAUUGCAAACAAAAAAAAGAAAAUUGAGUGUGAGAGAGCGCAAGGAAGAGAGUAGAGGUAUAAAAGGAAACCAGAAGCAAAAAUGGACUGUGGAGGAGGAGGAGGCACUGCCAAAUGGAGUAGUAAGCACGGUCCUGGCAAGUGGAAGAACAUUCUCAAAGAUCCCGAUUUAGCUCCUUUCCUCACUCAAUGCUCCAACAUCAACCUCAAGUGCGAGCUAAUGUUGGAGGAGAGAUACCGACAAUGCGAGCAGAUGCUGGAGGAGCGUAUACAACAAAUGAUGCAAAGCAUAAUGGCGCAAAUGAUGCAGGGUACACAGGUUACAGCCCCAGCUCCAGAUGCAACUCAUCAGGAUGACGGUAGAGAAUCCGAUAGUGGUGAUUAGUGAUGAUAUUGUUCAUGAAAAGCAGUUUGUUUUUUUUAUUGUUAUGAUAUUUUAUUUUUUCAUACAGUAUAUUAUUUUUAUAACACUUCACUAUUACAUCUAUAUAUAAUAUUGACUGAUAUUUGAUA